AUGGAUCACGUGAUAAAUGCAACGAUCCUCCUGCUACUAUUCAUGGCGACGUCUUCUGGUUAUUCUGUCGAGCAAGAUUUCGAUUCCGAGGAAAGUUGUCAUUCUACGAUCGUACGGCCACAGAGAUACUCGAAGCAAGUGCGAAGCUAUCAUAUCAGGCAAGAGAGAACGGACGAUUCUGUUCGAAGGAACAGAAAUCGAGGAUCAAGAUCGACGGAGACGGUCGAACAAAUUCACAAUUCGUACCAAGAGCCUCUAAAAGAUCAUCAAACGGAGGCGGGAAACCAUUCUCAAGAGCUCUCCUCUUCCAACAGCGAUCACAUCGAAAUCGGAGAAACUUUGAUGACGGAAAAGACUUACGUCCCAGAGAGCAACGAAAUAACCUUGCUUGGAGUCCACUCCAACGAUCAAGUUCUAGAUCAUCACGAGGACGCGCACAAAUUGGUGACAGUGAAGAAAAUAGCUGUACCCUAUCCCGUAGAGAAAACGAUACGAUAUCCGAUAGUGAAGAACGUGCCUUAUCCUGUCAAGGUGCCGGUACCCCAACUUUAUCCAGUGGAGAAGAAGGUGCCAUAUCCGGUCAAAGUUUUCAUCAAGGUCCCGCUCAAAAUACCAAAACCUGUGCCAGUGAUUAAAGAGGUACCUUACCCGGUCCAGGUACCCGUGGAUCGUCCGGUGCCUGUCAAGGUCUACGUUCCUGAACCUUAUCCAGUUGAAAAGAAGAUCCAUUAUAAAGUAAAAGUACCGGUGCCCGAACCGUACCCCAUCGAACGAAAGAUACCUGUACCGAUAAAGGUACCUGUAGAGGUCGUUCAACCGUAUCCUGUCGAAAAGAGGGUACCCUAUCCGGUGAAGAUCGAGGUUGAGCAACCGAUACCUGUACCAGUACUUAAGCCAUAUCCCGUGCCUGUGCCCAAGCCGGUUCCUUAUCCUGUCGAUAAACCGGUACCUGUACCCGUGAAAGUUAAGGUUCCACGGCCUGUACCUGUGCCGGUUGAUAAACCUGUCUUGGUCAAAGUGAAAAUUCCCGUACCGGCACCCUAUCCGGUGGAAAAAGAGGUACCUUAUCCUGUCGAAAAACCUGUACCUGUACCGGUGAGGGUAGCAGUCGAGCGGCCAGUACCCGUACAAGUACCUAAACCUGUGCCCUAUCCUGUAGAGAAGCCAGUCCCUUAUCCCGUUAAGGUGCCAGUUGAGAUACCGGAGGAGGAGGAGGUGGCACCAAUCGUAGACGAGUCUGGGAUCGAAAGUGAUUGGAAGGAGUGA